AUGGACGCUUCCGGAUACAAGGCGUUCCGUUCUCUCCAGCUGCGUAUAAAUUCCGUCCUCCGUGACCUCUCCCGCACCGCGCACCGUCUUGGGCUGUCGGCCUCGCGCUUCCAGAGGCUUCCUCCCCACUCCCCAUACCGGUGUGUUUCGGAUGAUGUUGCUGUUGUCCUUGACCUGAGCUGGGCGGCUGCACGCGGCGACCAGAGGGAGCGCGACCGGCAGAGGGCGCAGGCGCGGCGGCCCGUGGCCAAGGGGCGCGGCGACGGGCUCACCCCGGAGCAGCGGCGGGAGCGGGACGCCAAGGCGCUGCAGGAGAAGGCUGCCAGGAAGGCGGCGCAGGCCGCGGGAGGCGGCGGCGGAGGCGGCGGCGGAGGCGCCGACGCCAAGGGCGGCAAGAACGCCAACGGCAAGAAGUAG